AUGGCGCAAACUGAACUUGUCGUAUUCGAAUUUGACGGAACUCUCUUCGAUACGCACCAGUCCAUCUCUCAUUGCAUCAAGCUGACAUUCGAUGCCUUCCUCCCUGAGCAAGCUCUGCCAGAGUCUGCGGUCCAUCACUUGAUAUCCAGCGGGAAAGGGCUUGAAGAAUCCUUCAGGGAGCUUCAUCCUGAUCCCACUUCCCUCGAUGAGAGCGCAUGGGUAUUGAAAUAUCGCUCUCUGUAUGCUGAGCAUGGCCAACCUCUAAUCACAUCCUUCGCUGGUGCCUCAGAUCUCCUCGAGAAGCUCCACAAGCGUGGGACACCUGUGGCCAUCGUCAGCAACAAAGGCGUUGCGGCAGUAGUCACAGCACUAGAUAGGAACGGCCUGGGGGGUGUAAUCCCGGAUGAUCUCAUCGUCGGAGACAAGACGCCUGGGGCAACAAAGAAGCCAGAUCCAUCAAGUUACACCAAAGUUCUCACUCCGGCACUUAAGCGCUACGGAAUCGACUCCGUUGAUGCCAAGAAUGUGCUCGUCGUUGGGGACACUGUCGCAGACAUUCAGUUUGCGGCAAACAUCGGCGCCAAAUCCGUCUGGUGCCGGUAUGGCUAUGGUGAUAAGUCGGCAUGCGAAAAAUUGAGACCAGAUUUUUCUGUGGACUCAUUGAAGGAUGUCAUUGCGAUACUGAAAGAGUAG